CAGCGGUUUCACUUCCUCUCCUCCUCCUGUCUCUCUCUCUCUCUCUCUCUCUCUCUCUUGCAGAGUUGGUUUGGUGUUGGUGGGCCGUCCUCAUUCCUUCUCCAACCCCCCUUCUUCACGCCCAGAACGAGUUCCAUCCUCUGGAUUUCUGCUCGGUUCCUCUCCCGGGUUGAAGUUCUUGGGGAGCAUUUUGGCUAGUCUUCCCCUCAUCUCUUGAUGGGUCUCGGUCUUUAGUUUGGUUUUUCCUUCUUUCGAGGACCUUUUCGAAGAGGAAGAAGAAAGAGCUCGAGAAAGAUGGCGGAGCAGCCUGAAGUGUUGGAGGCAGUGCUGAAGGAAACUGUGGAUUUGGAAAAUAUACCCAUUGAGGAAGUGUUUGAGAAUCUGAGAUGUAGCAAAGAAGGUCUCACUACUCAGGCAGCCGCGGAGAGGCUUGCCAUUUUUGGCCACAAUAAACUUGAAGAGAAAAAGGAGAGCAAGUUCUUGAAGUUUCUGGGUUUUAUGUGGAAUCCUCUGUCAUGGGUCAUGGAAGCUGCUGCAAUUAUGGCCAUUGCUCUUGCAAACGGAGGAGAAAAGCCUCCGGAUUGGCAAGACUUUGUUGGUAUUAUCACUCUGCUCGUGAUUAACUCAACAAUCAGUUUCAUCGAGGAAAAUAAUGCAGGUAAUGCCGCAGCUGCUCUGAUGGCCCGACUGGCCCCCAAAGCGAAGGUUCUUCGCGAUGGGAGGUGGAAUGAGCAAGAUGCCGCUGAUUUGGUUCCUGGUGAUAUAGUUAGUGUCAAACUUGGAGAUAUUAUCCCUGCUGACGCCCGUCUACUUGAUGGAGAUCCGUUGAAAAUUGACCAGUCUGCUCUCACUGGCGAAUCUCUUCCAGUUACUAAAGGCCCUGGAGAUGGUGUCUAUUCUGGGUCUACUUGUAAGCAAGGAGAAAUCGAAGCAGUUGUUAUUGCCACUGGUGUUCAUACUUUCUUUGGGAAGGCUGCUCACCUUGUUGACACCACUAACCAAGUGGGACACUUCCAAAAGGUUUUGACUUCUAUUGGGAACUUCUGCAUAUGCUCGAUUGCUGUGGGGAUGAUUAUUGAGAUUGUUGUCAUGUACCCCAUUCAAGACAGGAAGUAUCGUCCUGGAAUUGACAAUCUUCUUGUGCUUCUUAUCGGAGGUAUUCCGAUUGCCAUGCCUACUGUUCUCUCAGUCACGAUGGCCAUUGGUUCUCAUAGACUAUCUCAACAGGGAGCAAUCACCAAGAGAAUGACUGCUAUUGAAGAGAUGGCAGGUAUGGAUGUUCUUUGCAGCGACAAAACUGGGACACUGACAUUGAACAAGCUCACUGUUGACAAAAGUUUAGUUGAGGUUUUCGCAAAAGGAGUAGAUCCAGAUACUGUCGUUCUGAUGGCAGCUCGAGCUUCCAGAACGGAAAACCAAGAUGCCAUAGAUACUGCUAUAGUCGGGACGCUGGCAGACCCGAAGGAGGCCCGAGCUGGAAUUCAGGAGGUACAUUUUCUUCCCUUCAAUCCCACAGAUAAGAGGACUGCAUUGACUUACAUUGACAGUGAAGGAAGAUUGCAUAGAGUUAGCAAAGGUGCACCCGAGCAGAUUCUGAACCUGGCCCACAAUAAGUCAGAGAUUGAACGUCGCGUCCAUGCAGUGAUCGAUAAGUUUGCCGAGCGUGGCUUACGAUCUCUGGCAGUAGCAUACCAGGAAGUUCCAGAAGGAAGGAAGGAGAGUCCUGGGGGCCCAUGGCAGUUCAUUGGUCUCAUGCCUCUUUUCGACCCGCCAAGGCAUGAUAGUGCGGAGACGAUUAGGAGGGCUUUGAAUCUUGGAGUGAAUGUCAAAAUGAUCACAGGGGAUCAACUGGCAAUAGGAAAAGAAACCGGUCGCCGCUUGGGAAUGGGAACCAACAUGUAUCCUUCAUCAGCUUUAUUAGGGCAGGACAAGGAUGAGUCCAUUGCUGCGUUACCAAUUGAUGAGCUCAUAGAAAAAGCAGAUGGCUUUGCUGGUGUUUUCCCUGAACACAAAUAUGAGAUUGUGAAAAGACUUCAAGCAAGGAAACAUAUCUGUGGGAUGACUGGAGAUGGGGUGAAUGAUGCUCCUGCUCUUAAGAAGGCUGAUAUUGGAAUAGCUGUUGCUGAUGCAACUGAUGCGGCCCGCAGUGCUUCUGACAUCGUCCUCACUGAACCUGGCCUUAGUGUCAUCAUCAGUGCUGUUCUGACUAGUCGGGCAAUCUUCCAAAGGAUGAAAAACUAUACUAUCUAUGCAGUCUCUAUAACAAUUCGUAUAGUGCUUGGCUUUAUGCUGCUUGCCCUUAUAUGGAAGUUUGAUUUUCCACCUUUUAUGGUGCUGAUUAUAGCCAUUCUGAAUGACGGUACCAUUAUGACAAUUUCAAAAGAUAGAGUGAAACCCUCUCCUCUACCGGACAGCUGGAAGCUAGCUGAAAUUUUUACAACUGGCGUUGUCCUCGGCAGUUACCUGGCAAUGAUGACAGUUAUAUUCUUCUGGGCAGCAUACAAAACAGAUUUUUUCCCGAGAACCUUCGGGGUAUCGACUCUGGAGAAGACUGCCCAUGAUGACUUCCGGAAACUUGCCUCUGCAAUAUAUCUGCAAGUAAGCACCAUCAGUCAGGCCCUUAUAUUUGUUACGCGAUCCAGAGGCUGGUCUUAUGUUGAGCGUCCCGGAUUAUUGCUUGUAGUGGCUUUUGUAAUUGCUCAGCUGAUCGCUACUUUGAUUGCUGUAUACGCAAAUUGGAGUUUUGCUGCAAUUGAAGGAAUUGGUUGGGGUUGGGCUGGUGUGAUCUGGCUUUAUAACAUAAUUUUCUAUAUCCCGCUAGAUUUAAUAAAGUUCUUCACACGCUAUGCCUUAAGUGGGCGGGCUUGGGAUCUGGUUAUUGAGCAGAGGAUCGCGUUCACGAGGCAAAAGGACUUUGGAAAGGAACAGCGUGAGCUUCAGUGGGCACAUGCACAAAGAACACUGCAUGGAUUGCAACCGCCUGACACUAAAAUGUUUACCGAAAGAGCCCGUUUCAAUGAACUCAAUCAUAUCGCUGAAGAAGCGAAAAGAAGGGCUGAAAUUGCUCGGUUGAGGGAACUGCAUACCCUGAAAGGUCAUGUGGAGUCUGUGUUCCGACUGAAGGGCCUUGACAUCGAAACGAUCCAGCAAGCAUACACUGUCUGAAGGACAGUCCCUGGGGGCGCAGUCCAUCUUCUGUACUUCAACGUUUGCACUGAGAUUAAGGACACUUGUAAUUAGCAUGUCAUGAGUAGUUAUGAUCUUCAUUUCUGUUACCAUAUCCAAAUCUAUGGCACUUCAGGUGCUUCACCGAACUUCAUCUAUUUAUAGUUUGGCUUUUAGUCAGCAAAAUUCCCAAAAUAUGGGUGGAAAUCAACUUCCGUUUUACGCUCUAAUUAGUGAGAUCCACAGCUUUCAGUGA